AAAUACGAACUUGUGUAGUUUGAUGCUAUCAAAAAUCGCUAAAGUAAACAAAGAUACACUUCAAUGUUCUGUCAAAGAAAAGUAUGUCAAGUUUUAUUACUGCCAUCAUCAGAGUGCACUGAAUCUAUUAGAACUCAUCGUAGCUGUCAACUUGGGGUACGAAUCGGUCGUUGAUCGCUUACUCAACGCGAAUAAUGUCGUAGAGGCUAUCCAAAGUGGCUCUCAAGACAUCAAUAGAGUACUGACUGUGGCCAUUAAAAAGAAAGACUACAGCAUCCUUAAGAUGCUUUUGGAGGCUGGUCUACGGGCUGACAGACGUUUUACCAUUGAUCCACCAAAUUAUUUUGCCAUAACUUGUCCGGAGAUCAAUUUGAAGAUCAUAUGCUUACUACGGGAGUUCCAAGACAACGCCAAUGUGGACAAUGCGAUAAUUUGGGCUUUGUAUUACAGCGUUUCAAAAUCUUAUUACGAUCAAUUUAUCUACUUAUUAUUUUUUUUCUACGCCGUUGAUUUACACUUGGGCAAAUUACAUCCCGACUUGAUGCCGGCCAAAGGGCUGUUUGAGUUGAAUGAGUCAUUCUCAAAAAUUUUCUCUUAUUGUAAUAGUGUGAUAAAAAGACUAAAGUCCAAUAAUGAAGGUAGUAUAUCUAUUUUCGACAUGAUCACGAUGCCACUGGAUUUGUACGUCAGGUUGUUGGACUACGAAAUUCAUUGGGAUGCCUGUAAAAAUUUGCAUGCAUCUCUGGAAAAAAUUACAAAACCGAAAUGCUACGACUACGUAACGAAAACUCGUAUUGAAUUGGCCAUAGAGAAGAGACAGUUAUUAGAUAAUGCGGAAAUUUCUUUAAACAAAGCAUUGGAGGAUAUUUUAAUGUCAAUUAAUUAUGUAAGUUUACCCAGUGAAGUCGUGAGAAAUAUUUUUAUGCACUUCAAUACAAGAGAAUUAAGAAAGCUUGUAGAGGGCUAAUCUUACAUUGACGAUGAAUUCACUCCCCAUGAUUUUUUUUAACAUAAUUUAUUUCUUGUUCAAUAAUGAACUUGUUGUAAACAUAUGAUUUAAGAGACAAUUUAUAUAAACCUCGUUGUGAUUGAGUGUACUUUUUUAACUUUUUAAAAUUUUUUAAUUUCACGCUUUUGAGGUUUGAGAGUGCGCUUUAGUAUGCUACAAUAGUUUGCCAAUUAAAAAAUAAACUAAUAAAUCAUCUAUACCUUAAAAAUUAUCUUAAUUGCAUCUAUAUGUUUUUUAGUUCACUAUUAGAUAGUGAAGAUAAUGUAAUUCAUCAAACAACUAUCAGACUCAGUAACAUUUAGUAAUUACGUUACCAUGAAAAUAUCUUUAAAAUUUCAGUAAAUAUAUGACAGAAUAAAAGGAUCCAUGUAAUUUUUUGAAUCAUUACUUCAACUAAUUCCGUUUACCAAAUUUCUUAUUGCUUUUUUGUACGGCUUACAAGUAGUUGACAAAGAAAUGAAGAUAGAACACUUUGGCUCUAGUGCCCCUCCUUCUGAGACAGUUUUGUAACCAACAUUUUUAUUUUAUACAUGCGUUUAUCAGUACUAUAUAAAAAAAAUAUAAUU